AUGUCUUUGAUUUUGAAUGAAUCUGAACCCAGUGCGAAGAGCACUGCGGACAGCGAAGAGCAAGGUGACAGCGCCAGCUGGAAGCAGUACUUGGAGAGGAAAAAUCUUGUUCUGCAGUUCCUCAGCUCUGACUUGAGCCUCCAGCACCUCCAGCACCACCGGAACAGAGCUGAGCUGCUCCAGAAGUGCUCCUUUUACUUGGACAUUGAGCCCAAGUACGUUAACGUGAGAGACCGGAACCACGUGAUUCAUCAAACCAACAUCUUGCAAAUAAUAGACCUCCGCCAAUUGCAGAGGAUGAAGAAGGUGGGGAAAGACCAAAUUGAAAUUAAUCUGACGCUUUUAACCAGUCUGCUGGACGAGCUGGAACGAGGUCGGGAGGAGCUGAGCCGUUACAUAGAGACCUGUGAUGUGGUGUCUUUCCACUCCCGGUGGGACUUGAUUACAAAGAGAAUGUCCAAGCUCUCUAAGUUUGGGGAAAAACUCCUUUCCUUGCAAGUGGCAGGACAGCUCUACGUCAAGCACCAGUUGGUGUUUCCCUUUGAAGGACGAAUCUCUCCUAACAUUAGGCUUUCUCUCCUUAAAAAGACACCGCUGAUUUUUGAUCAAAAAGAAUCAUUUGCACGCAAGGACUGGGCCAAGCUCAAGUGGUUUACUGAAAAUCAAGAGUCAAGCCCCGAAAGAUAUGAGCUCUAUGUGAAGUUACUGCCAAACGGGAGUCCAAAAGACGUGGGCUACAGCAGUCUUCAGACAGUCACCUCCAACACGUGUGUUGUCCGGCGCCUGCAGCCUGCCAGAUCGUACAAAUUCACCAUUACAAGAACAGAUGCUCACAUGUGUGUCUUUCAAAAAUGGGAGGACAGCAUCAUACUGGAGACAAAACUUGAUGACACUGAAGGCACGGACAGCAGCUCUGAUGCCUCAGAAGGACAAGGUGACAACUAA